ACUCCGUACAGCGACAAGUUCUAUCAAUCAAUCAUUACCGAAGGGUUCAAAGGAUUAGACAAACUCAUAAUUCCUCGAGAUUUUGUGGCUUGCAAUCAGGAUAUUAAUCCCUCUGAUGCGGAUCCUGAUUCGGUAGUUCGGCAAGAAGAGUUGCGUGGAAUUAUUGAUACCUUCAAUUCGUCCAUCAAAGUAUCUAUUGGGUAUGGUUCUGGCGUAUUACCUCAGGCUGGCUACGCAAAUGAGAGAAGCAAUCAUGGUAACAAUGAUAGCACGACUAAUAAUAACAUCGAGGCUCCUGUGCAGAUUGAUUUCAUCAACAUUGUGGAAGACAACCAGACAUUCCAUAAGCAAAAUUUAGUCAAGAACCGCAGUCAUUACUCUAUCAAGAGCGCAGGGCUUAUCAAAUUUCUUCAAGGUAAAAAUGGAAUCUACUUCAAUCCUUUCAUUAUUAUAAACAACAGACUAGUCAAGUACGGCACAAUGUCUAUAAAUGCAAGUUUACUAGAUCUUUGCGAAUGGACUUCGCUUUAUUUGGCUGGUAGACUACAGAAGCCAGUUAAUUUCGUCAAAGACGACGAUAUCCGUAUUAAGUUCCUCAACCAGUAUAAUCUCAAAAAUGCCAUGACGGUGGCUAUUCUCUUGAUGGAAUCAAACCAAUUCAACGAGAGACAAUUAUACGAGCAAAUUACACGACUCUCGUAUUUAGGAGAUUUCCGCAUGUACAUAGGGGGAGAGAAUCCCAACAAAGUCCAGAACAUUGUUGACAAACAACUAGUUCAUUUCAAGAAGUUGUAUGAGCCGAUUUUACUGUACUUCAUACAUCGUAAUUACUUGAUCAUAACCAACAACGAUCUGCAUAUCCGCACGUUAAAGAAAAAUCUAAAUGUUAACAAUAAGAUCAAUCUUAUUAGUACCCUUCCACUUCAGUUUCGCACUCGGUUAUACCAGAUGUACCAAGACAAAUCUCUCAAGGAAAUCGCAAAGGAUAAGCAUUUAGCCGAGAAUGUGGUGAAAAUCGUAAGUAGAACCAUUCAAAUAAGUUCAGUUCGACAGGCCAUUUUGGGCAUUUUCAGCUCUGGACUUGUCAAGUCGAUAAAAUAUGCAGUUGCAAAGCAAAUAAAGUUUUGGCAAGGUGUGUUGAACAAGAAGUCGAUCAAGUGA